AGCUGCAGGACAUCCUCAAGGAGGCCUCUCUCCGCUUCACUCUGCCGGGCUCGGGCACUGAGGGGCCAACCAAGCAGGAGAACUUCGUCCUGGGCAGCUGUGGCACAGACCAGGUGAAGGGUGUGCUGACUCUGCAAGGCGACGCCCUCAGCCAGGCGGAUGUGAACCUGAAGAUGCCCCGCAACAACCAGCUGCUGCAUUUCGCCUUCCGUGAGGACAAACAAUGGAAGCUGCAGCAGAUCCAGGACGCCAGGAACCACGUGAGCCAGGCCAUUCACCUCCUCACCAACCGGGAUGAAAGCUACCAGUUCAAGACCGGAGCUGAGGUGCUCAAGCUGAUGGAUGCAGUGAUGCUGCAGCUGACCAGAGCCCGCAACCGGCUCACCACUCCGGCCACCCUCACGCUGCCCGAGAUAGCAGCCAGCGGCCUCACGCGGAUGUUCGCCCCUGCCCUGCCCUCUGACCUGCUGGUCAACGUCUACAUCAACCUCAACAAGUUGUGCCUCACGGUGUACCAGCUGCACGUCCUGCAGCCCAGCUCCACCAAGAACUUCCGCCCAACUGGAGGUGCGGUGCUCCACAGCCCUGGGGCCAUGUUUGAGUGGGGCUCCCAGCGCCUAGAGGUGACCCACGUGCACAAGGUGGAGUGUGUGAUCCCCUGGCUCAACGACGCCCUGGUCUACUUCACUGUGUCCCUCCAGCUCUGCCAGCAGCUCAAGGACAAGAUCUCCGUGUUCUCCAGCUACUGGAGCUCCAGGGCCCUCUGAGCAAUCCCAGGAGCCAGUUCCCUGGGAAGGAGGCCCUGCCACCUCGGAGUGCCAGCCAGAGCCAGGGAUUAGAGCUGUUUCUCUCCCUCUUCACCCUGCCCAGCCUCACUCAAUGGGCAUGGACCCUGGGUUGGGGGUGCCUGGGAGGAAGGGGGCCAGUUGGUGUUUGAGUCAGGGAGGGUCAGGAGGCAGC